CGGGGUUAUAGGUUAGCGAGACCUAGAUUUUUUUUUAUCAAUACAUAUUUAUUACACAGUCGGAGUACAUAUGUGGUUAUUUUUGACCAGGCAUUAUGUAAUUCUUAAAACUUUUAUAAACAACCAAAUAAAUAUGCAUAAAUAUAUAUAGAGUCUAUAUAUAUUAUUUUUUUUCAAAUGCGCCAAUCACAGUUUGGUCUGCAUAGGCUACAUCUGACUACUCCUGUUGGAAGUCACAGUCAGUCAGUCACUCACUUCACAGAGCUCAAGUUAGUAACAAGCACAAGACAAGACACUUGGCUGAAGUUCACAUUGAUGCUCUCUUGAUUGCGCAAGCCAGGCUGGAAAGUUUAUUUGAAAGUGUAGGUAAAUAUGUCGGCAGGCACCAGAUCUGGGAAAGGCUUAAGAAAGAACACAACAGCAUUGAAGAACAAAAUGCUCCCCUCCGCCUCCGCUGUCAUCAACCAUCUGUCGUCUGUCAUCAACCUUGAAAGCGGUGGUGAUGACUCCACAGACAUCCCCAACGUCUCUAAAUCUUCUAAGGACGGCAACAGAUCAGGGAAAGUUCCUAGAAAGAACCAAACAGCAGCGAAGAAGGACAAAACGGUACCAGCCACCUCCACUCAAACAUUUGACAUCAACCUUGACAGUGGGGAUGACUCUACAGAUACCCCCCAUGUCUCUAAUCCGAAGAAAGACAGGUCACCAACGGUGAAGAAUCUCCUCCAAAAGGCCAAGAUGAGAGAACGGUCUCAAAAUAAGAAACUCCAGAAAGUGAUAAAGGAGAGAGAUGCUCUUCGCAAACAACUGGCAUACCUGUCUAAAGCUGCCAAAGAAGACUCUUCAGAGGAAGACACAGCCUCCUGCUCAUCCAACAGUUCUUCAAUGAGCCAGUCCUCCUCCUGCUCUUCCUCCUCCUCCUCCUCAGAUGAUGAUGAUGAUGAUAAGAUGAGACGAAAGGGCAAGGGCAAGGCCAAACUCAGACUUACGAAGAACAAAAAGAAGAUGAAGAAGCACCACAAAGCCGAUGUCCGCAAAAGAGCCCGUGGCCCUUUUGAAGUCAUUCGAAGAUAUAAGAAGGUCCUAAAGGCUUACAACCGAGGUUUGAAACUGUCAGCUGCUUGCGCAUAUGCCGGGGUGAAUGAACUGACAGUCAGGUCAACGGCGAGCAUUGCCGAGCUUGCAACAGCGUCCCCGGCCGAAUUCACGAAGCUCCUUGAGCAAGCCAAACAAGCAAAGCUCAAAGAUGUGGCAGUUGUUUGCGAAAAUUACAUAAAAGGUGAUGUCCAGAUUCAAACCAAAGUAGGAGACUUAAAAAGUCAAUGCCAAUUAAUUCCAUAUGGAAAGAGAGCAUAAUUGUUUUUUUUUUACCCCAGUUUGUGGGUUUUUUUUGUGUGUGGUGUGGUACUGUUAUACAGAAUGUAGAUGGCCUGUGUCAUUCAUUCUGUUUAAGUGGUCGGUGUUCCAGUUUUCCACUUUAUAAAUAAAGUGUUUUCAUCCCCCUUCCCAA